ACACAAUACCUAAACGAACAUACACUAACAUGACAGUGUUUCCGCUUCCUGUGUUGGAAAUAAACGUCACUCUUUACCCGCGUCUGUUGAACAGCCUGCUUUGUUUGGCGGGAGUAACCUCACUAGCAGCAAAUUCAGCUCUUACUCGCUACAAUGGAGUUUUCCAGAAGAAGAAAGAAGUUUAUUGGUGGUCCUCAGACGGAGCUGUAUGGACAAACACUUCAGUUCUAUGGACAGCCUCCUCUUGAAAAUGUGUCUCUCAUUGAAUUUGAGACAUUUGCUGUAGAAAGACUUAAAUUGUUGAAGGCUGUCGAGAAUUUGGGAGUGCGCCACCUCAAAACAUCAGAGGACUAUGAGAAGAAACUGCAGCAAGAGCUGAGAAGUAGCAAACUGACAAAUGUUUAAUUUACAUAUAUUCUUUCAAAUGUAAAAUAUUUCUGUUUUGACCUGAAGGAUGACAAAAAACCUCAGAUUGGACUAAGUGACUAUGACAAACAAAGGAAGGAUCAUAUUUCACACUUUAUCCUCAGACUGGCCUAUUGUCAAACAGAGGAUCUUAGACGGUGGUUCAUCCAGCAAGAGGUCGAUCUGUUUCGCUUCCGCUUCAACUUGCUGCUGCCGAAACAAAAGCUUGAAUUUCUUCACAGAAAUAAUCUCAAGUACGACACGAUCAGUGCCAAGGAGAAAAUGGAUCUGCUGGUAAAACUGACCCACUCCAGUUAUAAUGUCAGUGGAGCCACUGUGAAGGAGCAGGACUUUUACAAAGUUCCUUUCCAGGAUGCCCUUGACCUGGUGCGAACCAGAAAAGUGUACCUCAGAGGAGGUUACGUGUACAUCCCGCACCAGGACAUUGUUACCAUCAUUCUCAACGAUUUUCGCACAAGGCUGUCAAAGGCUCUCGCAUUGGCAGCCCGCUCACUACCGGCAGUGCACUCUGAUGAACGGCUUCAACCUCUCCUUAACCAUCUCAGUCAUGCCUAUGUGGGCCAGGAUUACAGCAUUCAGAAGAAUGUGGGCAAAAUCUCCUUGGAACAAAUUGAUUCGCUUUCAGCUAAGUCCUUUCCGUUGUGCAUGAGGCAACUCCACCAGGCCCUGAGAGAAAACCACCACCUCCGUCACGGAGGCCGUAUGCAAUACGGUCUCUUCCUGAAAGGCAUCGGCCUCACUCUGGAGCAGGCGCUACAGUUCUGGAGGUUAGAGUUCAUCAGAGGCAAAGUGGAUGCAGACAAGUUUGACAAAGCGUAUGCCUACAGCAUCCGCCACAUGUUUGGCAAAGAAGGCAAGCGGACAGACUACACACCCUACAGCUGCAUGAAGGUGAUUUUGACAAACCUCCCUGGCCAAGGCGACCAUCAUGGAUGUCCGUUUCGCCACAGUGACCCAGAGCUGUUGAAGCAGAAGCUCCAGGUCUACAAGGUGUCUCCCAGUGGCAUCAGUCAGAUCCUGGAGCUGGUCAAAGGAAUGCACUACCAGCUGGCGUGCCAAAAGUACUUUGAGCUGACCCACAAUGUUGAAGAUAGCAAUUUUUCACUCAACCAUCCAAACCAGUACUUUGUGGAAAGCCAGAAAGUUUUGGGAGGAGGCAAGGACAUGAAGCGAGAGGUGGGGACGCCACAGAGGUCAAAGGAAAAAUCCGCCACAGCAAAAGACGUGACAGCAAACGCAUCACAGGAUACGGAAGGAAUUCCAGAGGAUCUCGACUCCUACUUUCUAGAUGCAUGAGGUUUUUUUUCUUCUUUUCUUUUAAAUGAAAGAAAUCCAGCUUUUACAAUUAGAGUUAAGGUUGGUGUAUAGUUGGCUUUGCUGAUAUUAAUGUGAUAUAUGUAAAAUAUUAAAGUUGAGUUUUCAAAAAAUCUCAUGCAGGGAUUUCAGUCUGUUUACAAGACAUCAGAGAAACUUUAUCUUACCAGAUGCAUUUUUACCAUUUAGAAAAAAAAAAAAA